AGCGCCAUGAUUGGAAGACCAAAGCCUGGCGGAAGCAGGGCAGGCUGGGAGUUUACCUGGACCAUGGCGGCCGCCCCGCCGCUGCGGGACCGCUUGAGCUUCCUCCACAGGCUCCCCAUUCUCAUGAAGGGGACCUCAGAUGAUGACAUCCCAUGUCCAGGCUACCUGUUUGAAGAGAUUGCCAAAAUUUCUCACGAGUCACUGGGUAGCAGUCAGUGCCUGCUGGAGUACCUCCUGAACCGCCUGGACAGCAGCUCUGGCCACGUGAAGCUCAAGGUGCUGAAGAUCUUGCUUUACCUGUGUGGUCAUGGCUCUUCCUCCUUCCUGCUCAUACUCAGAAGAAACUCUGCUCUCAUCCAGGAAGCCACAGCUUUCGCAGGACCCCCAGAUCCUCUGCACGGAAACAGCUUGUACCAGAAGGUGCGGGCAGCUGCCCAGGACCUGGGUAGCACCUUGUUCUCGGAUGCCAUGCCGCUGGCUCCCUGCCAGCCACCCCAAGCCCCGCCUCCAGCAGGCAUGGGCGCCCAGGCCCGACCUCACAGUGCUCUGCAGGGCUUCGGCUAUAGCAAGGAGUCAGGCCGGUCAGGCUCUGCAGGCGAAACCCUCCUGUCCACGAUCCAGAGGGCUGCAGAGGCCGUGGCGAAUGCAGUGCGUCCUGGGCCUGAUAAUCCCUGUGCCCAGGGACCCUUUCCACGUGCUGACACCUACCAGCCCGCAGUGACACCGUCAGCCGGCCACACACUUCCCAGCCCCGGGAAUCUGCUCCCUGGGGCCAUCCUGGGGGCCCGAGCUGUGAAGCACCAGCCGGGGCAGGCUGGAGGAGGCUGGGAUGAGCUGGACAGCAGUCCUAGCUCCCAGAGCUCCUCCUGCACCAGCAACCUAAGCAGGGCCUCGGAUGCAGGCAGUCGGUCCGGCAGUGACAGCCACUCUGGCACCAGCCGGGAGCCAGGCGACCUGGCAGAAAGGGCUGAGGCCGUGGCCCCAAGUGACUGCCAGCAAGAGCUGAGUCUUGUGAGAGCUGUGACACAGGGACCGCGAGUCUUCCUGAGCAGAGAGGAGACACAGCACUUCAUCAAAGAGUGUGCGCUGCUCAACUGUGAGGCUGUGCUGGAGCUGCUCCUCCGCCAGCUGGUCGGGACCAGUGAGUGUGAGCAGAUGAGGGCGCUGUGUGCCAUCGCCUCCUUUGGAGGCGCCGACCUCUUGCCUCAGGAGCACGUCCUCCUCCUCUGCCGGCAGCGGCUGCAGGAACUUGGUGCAGGCAACCCUGGACCUGUGACCAACAAAGCCACUAAGAUCCUGAGACACUUUGAAGCCUCCUGUGGACAGCAGCUGCCUGCCCGAAGGCCCUGUGCCCAGCUGACCUCUGCAGCCACCCUUGUGGGCCCAGCCGACCUGCUGACCAGCCCUGUGCCUCCCCCCGAGAGCCAGGUCUUCCUCCAGCCUCUUAGCUCCACCACAGCGGUGCCCGCUCCACUCCCAGACCCCUUUCCCCCUCCAGCCCUGGAGGGUGCCAGUGAGCUCAGAACCCAGUUGAUACGUUCUGGUGGACAGGGGACAGGACCUGAGCAGAGCCCGGAGAACAUAGACACCCCAAAGGGCAGCUCCAGCUCGUGCCUGGGGAGCCCCAACUCCUUGUUUUCUGGCAUGGAGCUGGUGGCCUGCCCCAGCUCCCGGGAUCUCCAGCCAGGUUUACAGAAGGUCACCACAGAACCUCCAGCUUCAGAGCCAUCAGCUUUUGCAUUUUUAAACAUGUGACUCUGGCCCCAGGACCUCAUGUUCACCUCAUGGUUCUUGAGUAUCUUCUGGCUGUCCUCCUGUCCCCUCUGACCCCUUCCUUUCACCUAGGAAACAGCAGUCUCCGGGGCAGGAGAGCCCUGGGUGGGCCUCCCAGUGGUCAGAACGGUCAUUGAAGACGGUGUAUUGGCCCUUAGCGCUGACCAGCCAAGAGGGAAGCAUGAAGAGCGGGUCAGUUGGUGCUUCAGAAGAUGUCUGCAACCCAUUGCUUCUUGGGAGGUUGACUCUGGCCGUGCUCCUGAGAUUGGCUUCUCUUUCUGGCAAGACCCCCACAGACCGUCGUAGCAGUAGCUGGAGACACCGGAGGUUUCCUGCUUCGUGCAGUGCAUCUGCAGGGCAGUGUUUCUCCAGGGCUGUUGGCCACAGCCCUUCCGCCCUGUGCUGCUGUGUCUCUAGGAGGCCGAACACAGAGGCCAACCCCCCAACUCCCAGGCUACCUCAGUCCCUGUCCCACCUGUCCCUUUGCUAGGUGCUGGCAAUGGGUGUAUGGACUUGAGUUCCUGUGGUAGCAGCUGGUGGGUAGCAGGGCCGCAGCGCUGCCCUCGGUGUCCCUGGGCACGCCCCGUCUGCCUGUCCCUCAGAAGUGCGUGCGAGGUAAGGGCUGGAAACAUCGACCUGUUCAGAGUCAUGCUUUUCAUCUCCUGUCCUUCCUUAGGGAGGUCACAGCAGCAAGAGCCACAGCCUUUGGGGAACUGGGGGGACGGGUCGGCCAGGGAGUGUUGUCUACUGUGGUGUAGAAGGUCUGGCUCUCAGCUUCCUCAGCCGCGUGCCCUGUGGCCAUUUCUGGACCUCAGCCUGCCACAUCUUUCUGCAGACCACGGUUAGUCUAGUGAACCCCCCGUCCGUGUCAGAAGAGCCCGUGAGCUGCCACGUGCACUCUCCCCGGCAGCAGCGUUGACGCAGCCGGUGCCGCUCUGGCGGGGCACACUUUUCCUAAGCAGGACGGGCAUUCCUCCUCGGGCGCUCGGUGGGACCCCUCAGCGGUGCUGGCACCCUCGGGACACACAGUGAGCGUGGCUGCAGAGGCAGCUUGUCUCGGUAGGCGCUGAGCUUGUGAGCCUGGGGCCUGCGUGUGUUAAGCAAGUGCGGUCCCAGCUCGGUUCUCCCAACGUGCUGGACCGAUGCCAGCAUUUCCAGGAAGCGCCAGCUCAGUGCCGAAGGUGACCUGGGAAAGAACGCUCUCUGCAGCCCCUGCAGGGUGCCUUUCCCGGGAGUCUCCCUGUUGCCCCCAGGGCAGGAAAACCUUUGCACAGGUUCAGCUGAUGAGUGAGGGGGUUCCAUGGGGUUGCAGGAGCAGGGGAAGGCUUUCGGCAGGUGUGCCACUGAAGGGCGUCCUUUUCCGUUGUGCUCACACACGGGGGUGGGGAGUGCCACUUGUGGUUCCUCUCCUCCUGUGAGGGAAUGGUAACACACUUGAUACUGUGCGGGUCUCCUGUGGCCAAGUUCAAGACAAAUGCCGUGUCCAGAGGACAGAGUUCACCAUGGCUGUGCUAGCCUGGCAUCGCCCAGGUCUUAACAGGUAGAAUGACAGAUGCACACAAAUACGGUCAGCGGCGACGCCCACAUCCGAGAGGCAGAGCCUGGGCAAGUGCUGACAAGCUGAGGUCACUGAGCCACAGCUUCGGUCACGUGGCUUUCUGCAUGCGUGCAUGAGGAGGUGGUGGCCGCCAGUGGCGGUGCUGAAGCUAUCAGUGUGUAAAAACUAAAGCAUCUUGGCCCAUACCUCAGAAUUCACAGAAAUUUAAGGUGAACCGUAGCACACCAGGCGUGGUGGUUGCCCCUCCAACCCCAGCACUCAGGAAGCUCUGGAUUUGCGGCCCGUCUGGUUGGUCUACAUAGGGAGUUCUAGGCCGUCCAGGGCUGCAUCCCAAGACCCCCCGAGAAGGAAGAACCAUCAAAGGGUAAAAGCUUUGAAUGCCAUUGUUAAGGGAAUGGGAAGAUGAGCCAAACACUGGGAAACAGUAUUUUUGGGUCAAUGUCUUGUGCAGACUGUGGUGGAAAGUUUGUGCAGAGCACACUAGGACCAGUGAGAGGGCCAGGCUGGUGCCACGAAGCGUGACAACCGGAGUGCAAUCCUGGGACACACAGCAAAAAAGGAAAACAUCCUCACUCUACCUGUGCGGAUGGCAUGAAUGUGCUCUCAUGCACACAGACAAAACCCAGAACUAGAAAGCCACCCAAAUUACAAAGAGGGUAAAGGAUGGACAGGAAGACAAGUGAAGACAGCAGAUAAGCAUACUCGGGUCACCCUCUGAGUAAACCAUGUGGCUUACCAACACCAGUAAUGUGACUGAAAAACCAGACCCUGAACAGACACCAACUGGAGCUCACACGGCACUGGCCGUGUGGUGUCUGGGAGACAUUUUGGUGGUUUCUUAAAUAGCACCAAUUCCUGUCCUAGGAAUUCACAGAAGACAAGUGAAAGCCUGUGUUCACACAAAGGCCAGUAAGUGUUUACAACCGCUCUCUCAUCACAGUCGCUUAACCGUGGGAAAGUUGCUGGGUCACUCUAGAGGCAAGUGAGCUGCCCUGUCUGCUACAGCCCAGAACACAGCAACGGCAGGGUGACUCCCCAGGCUUGCAGAUGGACCGGGAAGACACUGUGCCUUCAAGUCUGUGACAGUCAAGAAAACAGAAGGUCUAGGCAGCUGGUACCAGAACAGCUGGGUUAGACAAGGACGGCCCACAGGAGUUUGCAUGCUGGGAGAGCGACUACAACCGUGCGGGGCUGCUGUACACCAAAGGAUGGGAAUCCUGAUCCUGAUGAAUCAAACCUUUCUGUUUUUAAAAAGCCACCAGUGUUUUACACGCACUUGCGGUGAUAGGCAGUGGUGGUGCACCCCUGUAAUCCCAGCCCUCGGGAGGCAGAGGCAGGCGGAGCUCUGAGUUUGAGGCCAGCCUGGUCUACAGAGUGAGUUCCAGGACAGCCAGGGCUACACAGAGAAACUUGAAAGAAAGCAUUUCCUUUUUUUUCUUUUAGAACGGAAUUGGGUUUUAUUAUUCACAUAUUUCAUAGAGGGUUUAGUAAACAGGGUGGAACUAUAAAAAAAAAAAACCCUGGGUCAUCCACACUCCUGUUUACACGUGGGGCAGCCCUGUCCUCAGCGACUGCCGCUUCCCUGCAGACACCUCCCAGGGUGUCUGGGAGCAGACACCAGGGCUGCGGGCGGAGCAGGAGCAGUUGGCGGCCCUUCGAGAUCUGGCAAAGUUAGAGCUGCCGUCAGGCUGCUGGCAGCCUUGGUCAGCACUUAGCGGUUCUGAGAGGAACUGGGGUUUAGUUCCCAGCUCCCACAUGGCAUCUUACAACCGUGCAUACGCCAGUACCAGGGGAUCCGGCACCCUCAACGGCGCAGAAACGCACACACUAAAUCUUAAAGAAAAGAAAGAAAACGCCAGGUGCGGUGUCACUUUGUCAUAAUUUCAGACGUAGGAGGUGAAAGCAAAAGGAUCAGCUGUUGAACAUUCUCAGCUAUUAACGAGUCUGACCACAGCCUGGGCUACGCGCUGAAGGAAUCCCUUAAGACAAAUGGCUCAGUGGCAGAGCCCUUGUUUAGCACGGGCGAGGCCCUGGCCCACCAUCCUAAUAUCCACGUCCACGUGCGCCUGUGCACAGGCACACACACGCGCGCGCGCAUAAAUCAAUAAAUACAUGUGGAUCACUUCA